CAUUAUGGGGUCCUUCUGGACUUCCGGGUGUGUGUAAACAGCUCAUAAGUCGUGUCGUCUCGCCUGAAAAAAUGUCUAAAGUAACGUUUAAAAUCACGUUGACGUCGGACCCCCGGCUUCCGUUCAAAGUAUUAAGUGUCCCAGAGAGCACGCCAUUCACAGCAGUUUUGAAGUUCGCCGCCGAAGAGUUUAAAGUGCCGCCAGCCACCAGCGCCAUCAUCACCAAUGAUGGGAUCGGAAUCAACCCUGCACAGACAGCAGGCAACGUGUUCCUGAAGCAUGGCUCAGAGCUGCGUAUCAUCCCCAGAGAUCGCGUGGGACGCCGCUUGUCUCCAUCAAGAAGACCGUGACCAGACCUUGCCUCGCGUCCUAUUUAUGUCCUGCUUGACCGUGUAUGUUUGUGUGUAGGUGUACACUCGUAAUGACACACCUCAUGCUGCCAGCUUGGCAUCCCCACAGUAAGUGGAUGUUAACAGAAUUUUAUAAUGUUUAUGAAUAACAAUAAAAUGACAGUCACUCAGCGUAACACGCCACACCUUACUUUUUGGACCAUAUUUUGGCAUUCCGAUUGCCAUAAGAACUCAACCCGGAAUUUUAGUGUGGUCCACGUUCGGUCCCAGGGUAAUUUACCAGGGCCUAAAAAAAGAGUAGGGGUAGUACUUUUGAGGUCCAGGUGGCGCUACUAAUGAAAAUUAAAAAUACAUACAACGUACCACAGACA